GGAUAAAGGAAAUGUUUGCGGUUUAGCGUCACGUAGAUGUAAAAGUUGAUUUGGUGCGUCUUUGACUUCAGCUCUCGAGUUUCCUCACUGCACGAUCCGCCGCUUUCCUUCACGGUCCUGACAGGCGGUACAAAGGCUCCGUGUCCGUCUGAAAUACCCUGAUAAAGGCUUCGGUGGAGGCGUUUAGCUUUUAAACAACUUCCAGUGUGUCCUGCUGUGCUCAGAGACUUUUAUUUAUUGCUUCCAGAUUGAAUAUGGAGACGAAUAUGAAGUAUGUGAUAACCGGCAUGAGGUCAAUGGGGUGAAAUCUACAGCAGUGACUUUAUAAAUAUGAAAAUAUCGAGGAAGAUAAAGGUGUCGAUGACUGUACGAAUAGCCGGUUGAUUUAUUGGAGUAUCUCGUUAGUUUUAAAGCCGUUCUCUGUGCAUGGAUGUCGAAGUACCGUGUGGAGUAUGAGAAGAAUACGGAUAUUUUUGAUCUGAUAAAGUAAAAGGCGUCAACUAAAAUCUUCAACGUGGCUCCCCUGCUCGCCGUGCUCUGACUUGCCUUGCGGAUGAUGCGCUAGACGUCACACCGCAAAUCCGAAUGGCUGCAUCUCCAGAGAGGAACCUGCCUGUGUUGCCCACGCAUGACCCCCCGCGGGUGUCCUCCCCCGUCCGUAUUGCCCCGCCAACCGGAUCCCCCUGGAUUCCAUCCCCCUACCUGGAUGCCGGCUGGGACUCUGCUGUGGCAGGCCCCGCCCACGUCGGCAUCCCGGCUGCUCACCAGCCGCUGUAUUGGCUCCCCAGCCAGCACCUGCCGUCACUGAUGCUGAGCGAGCAGUGGUCUUAUUCCUCUGCGACGGAGCCCAGAUCUAGAACCCACACCUCCCCAGAAAACAGCAAAGAAGUACAGAAUGGGAGAGGGAACGGCGGGGGGUUGCUCAGGGCAGCGGGGAGCGACGUGCACUUGUGCGCCGUGUGCCAUGACUUUGCCUCUGGCUAUCACUAUGGCGUGUGGUCCUGCGAGGGCUGCAAGGCCUUCUUCAAAAGGAGCAUCCAAGGACCAACGGAUUACAUCUGCCCAGCCACCAACCAGUGCACCAUUGACAAGAAUCGGCGCAAGAGCUGCCAGGCUUGUCGCCUGCGCAAGUGCUACGAAGCGGGCAUGGUGAAGUGUGGGGUGCGGAGAGAGCGCACUGCCUGCCGGGCCGUUCACUGCAAACAUGUGAGCCGCUUGUGCUGCCUGGGGAGCAGCGGCAUUGGUAACCCACGGCGAUUCAAGCCACACCCCCUUCCUGUGGAGGGGCCCCGCACCCCAGGGCUCAGCCCGGAGCAGCUCAUCUGCCGCAUCAUGGAAGCAGAGCCGCCAGACAUCUACCUGAUGGGGGAGCUGAAGAAGCCCUUCACUGAAGCCAGCAUGAUGAGGUCCCUCACCCACCUGGCCGACAAGGAGCUGGUCCACAUGAUCAGCUGGGCCAAGAAAAUCCCAGGAUUCACGGAGCUCAGCCUCUCAGAUCAGGUCCAUCUGCUGGAGUGCUGCUGGCUGGAGGUGCUCAUGCUGGGCCUGAUGUGGAGGUCUGUGGACCACCCUGGGAAGCUGAUCUUUUCUCCUGACUUCAUCCUUAGCAGGGACGAGGGCAGCUGCACCGAGGGCAUUGUGGAGAUCUUCGACAUGCUGCUCGCCGCCACUGCCCGUUUCCGGGAGCUGAAGCUGCAGAGGGAGGAGUACGUCUGCCUGAAAGCCCUCGUUCUCCUGAACUCCAACAUGUGCCUCGCUUCACCAGGUAGCGGGGAUGAGCGGCACAGCAGGUCCAAGCUGCAGAAGCUUCUAGAUGCCGUGACGGAGGCUCUCAUCUGGACCAUCGGCAAGAUGGGCCUGAGCUUCCAGCAGCAGUCUGCCCGGCUGGCGCAUCUCAUCAUGCUUCUGUCGCACGUCCGCCAUCUUAGUAACAAAGGCAUGGAUCAUCUGUACUGCAUGAAGAUGAAGAAGAUGGUUCCUCUGUACGACCUUCUCCUGGAGAUGCUGGAUGCCCACAUCAUGCACAGCACCCGCAUCCCCUACCCGAACCCGGCACCGCCCCAGCCCGAGGGAGGCCAAGACUCAUGACCCUGGAGGGGAACCUGGAGGACCCACAAAGACACAGCGCCUUGUACUUUACUGCCUUUAAAUUGACUGGUUUAAAAUAUUCAUUUUCAAGUUUUCCAUAUGGCAUUCCAUUUGUUAAUUAUCCAUCCAUCUUCCAGCUUCUUCCUGGAGACAUGGAGCCUGUCUUUGGCAGUACAGGGCGGAGGCAGGGAGGUCGGGAUGGGAUGCCAGUCCAUUGCUGGGCCACAUGAUGGUACACUAGGAGCAAUUUUGAAAUACAAAUUUUUCUAACAGCAUGCCUUUGGUCUGGGGGGGGGGACUAGAGUACCUAGAGAAAGCCCCGGGAAUAUGGGGAGGCCAAACGAACUGCAAACACAUAUCGGAGAGGGAGUCACGGCCCCAGCACUAAAGGAUCAGUGCUGCAGCUUUCCACGGGCUUAAAAUGUCAUCAUUCACAGACAACUACAGUUGAGGUAAUUCAGAUUAAAUGGAAGAACAGGCUGAAAUGGAGCCGGAGAAGGUCUGCGCAAGACCUACAAGACCGGCGUCUGCUGGUCUGCGUAAGACCUACAGGACCGGCGUCUGCAGGUCUGCGUAAGACCUACAGGACCGGCGUCUGCGGGUCUGCAUAAGACCUACAGGACCGGCGUCUGCGGGUCUGCAUAAGACCUACAGGACCGGCGUCUGCUGGAACUUGCACUCGCUGUUGUGUUUCACUUUUUAUAGCUCAUUCACUCUCUGUCAUAAAGUGAGUGGUAAGUUUGCUUAAAAGCAGCCCUUCAGGAGACACAGACGGCCUCCUGGGGCACCGCCUUCUGGUGGGGCGCUGACUUAGCAAGUCACUGGAGACCCCAAACAAAAUGGACAGCAAAGCUUGCCUGUGACGUCCAGUAUGGCCUGGCCCUCUCGAAGAAGCAGAGUCACAAGUCACUGUUCUGCAGCUUUGUCCCGCUGAGGUUUUCUUCAUCUGCACUCCUUAAACAUCCGAGGAGUCCGGACACGUUUUAUUACUUGUAAGGUGAUCCGAGGCUCCAUUCCAGCCGCAUUUAUGACCCAUUUACAGAAAUCCCUCUUUUGCUUUUUACCACUGGCACUGCGUUUUUUUAUUUUUUUUAUUUACAUUUUUUUAUCAACAUAGCACAAGACGACCACGUUAAAAUAUAGUUGCUGCUUUCAGUUGCAGAGAUUUAGCAUGUUUUAAUAAGGGUGCAGCUGUGAUCACUGUUGUGCUUUCGCUGAAGAAAACUGAAGCUUUUGGCUGAAAUACAAAACCCUGUGUCCCAACUGAAAAAGAAUCAGGUCUCAUGCGUACAUAUUGAGAGGGGGAUGCAAUAAAAAGCGCUGAAUGAUGACUUUGUUCUUUCGAGUGCGACGCAUCACUUAUAGCGUUCUUGGGUUUCCUAACCCUCCUGAUAAAUGUAAGGAAGGGCAGCAAACAGGCCUGAUUAAUACCCUGCUGUUACACUCUCAACCAUAAACUCUUGGCUCAUCUCCGCUGGGAUGCACAGACCCUUCUGUAGUGGGAAUAGGCCACUUAGCUUAUGUUGUGUAACAGGCGUAUUCUGAAAGAAAUUACUCUAAUUGGCAAUAGAUUUGACGGGCAAUGAAUGAUGCACAAUUUCUCAGUCUGAGAGUUUGAAGAUCAGCAGGAUUGAUUUAAUACCAGCGCCGGGAAAUGUGACACUGAGUGUGGCGUCGUCACUCCAUUGUAUAGGAAAAUGCAACAUUUCUGAACAAACACAUUAGUCAUUGUGCAGUAAAUGUGCAAACGCUUGUAAUGGAUGCCCAAAGCCCAAGAGCAUGACAGUGCACACUUUUUGUCAUUUGAUCGUUUUGUUUUAAUUAUAACCGAUGUAGACAUGCGUUUAUGGAGUUGAUGGGACAAUUGGUGCUUUAUGUUUAUGCUGUAUGUAUAUUGAGAAUUGAUCACUGUGUUUUGAGUUGUAACUGCACGCAACUGUAGGGAUUCGGUGUCUGAAAUGCUGAAGCUGGCAGCCAGAAUCCCUGUGUAUUUGUCAUCCUGCUUUCGCCACAGACUCGAUCGUGUAUGAACUGUUCAUACUUUACGAUCAUGUGCUAUAAUGCUAUAUUUUCUCAAUAAAUAUCUUGGAAAAAGGAGAGA